GUCCAUCCCGCAGGAGUCUCCCCACGCAGUCCCUGCGGAAGUGGCCGCGCCGCCAUGUUGGCUGGGAGGGGAAGUGGAGGCCUGGCCCCCCACUAAGAUGGAGGAGAGGAGCCAACUGGGGGCCUAGGGCCCCCUGAGGCCGAAGGGCGAGCUGGGGCCCAUGGAGCAGCGCUAGUUUAUACUUCACUGCCAAAAUGACAUCUUCGACCUCUGAACAGCAUCCAGCAUCUGAGAAUGCCUGCAGAAUCGCACUUGGACAAGCUAACCAGGUACAACCGAAACUGCCACUCCUGAAGAUUCUGCAAGCAGCAGGUGCACAUGGUGAAAUCUUCACGUUGAAGGAGGUCAUGCAUUACCUGGGACAGUAUAUAAUGGUGAGGCAGCUAUAUGAUAAGCGGCAACAGCACAUGGUGUACUGUGGAGGGGAUCAACUGGGAGAAUUGCUGGGACUGGAGAGCUUCUCUGUGAAAGAUCCAAGCCCAGUUUAUGACAUGCUGAAAAGGAACUUGACUUCUGUUACUGUUACAGAUGCUGCACAGACUCUUGCUCUCGCAAAGGAUCAGAGCGUCGAUAAUCCAAGCCAAGACCAGCUGAAGCAGACUAGCACAGAGGGAAGCUUUGACACUGAGGGAACGGAGGACAAAAGUGGUGCUCCUGCUUUGUCUACCUCACAGCGCAGCUACGGAAACUGCGAAGACAAAGACUUAAUAGAAAACCUCUCAAAAAGCAAAAAGCCCAAGUUGGAUCUGGUGUUUGAGGAGUGGGAUGUAGCUGGCCUUCCAUGGUGGUUUUUAGGAAAUCUGAGAAACAACUACAAGUCCAGAAGUAACGGGUCAACAGACAUACAGACCAACCAGGACAUAGACACUGCCAUUGUUUCAGAUACUACUGAUGACUUGUGGUUCCUCAAUGAAUCUGCAUCGGAUCAAUACAAUGUUGCUGUCAAAGUGGAGACAGUAGACUGCGAAGAAGUGGGGAAAGAGAGUGACAAAAAGGUGAUUGAGGUUACGUGUACUGAUGACCUCGAGGAUUCUCAGUCCCUAAGUGACGACACAGAUGUAGAAGCUGCCUCUGAGGACUGCUGGCAAUGCACCAAAUGCAAGAAGUUUAACUCUCCAGUCAAACGGUACUGUUACCGCUGCUGGGCCUUACGGAAGGACUGGUACUCGGAUUGCCCCAAACUAGCUCAUUCUCUCUCUCUGUCCACCAUUGAUACUAUUCAAGGCAAAAAGGAUGAUGAGGGAAUCGAUGUCCCAGACUGCAGAAGAACCGUGUCUGCUCCAGUUUGCCGACCCAAAGAUCUGCACACAGGUGAAUGUGAGUCCCAUGUAGACCCUGGCAGCUCUAUGGAGUCACUGGGUUUGACACAAGAAUGCAAGGUCCAGGAGCCACAGAUGCAUUUUGGUGAACGCAAAAAGGAAGAAGUAGUAGAAUGGCAAGGGAAUAUUAAAAAUUUGUUGAAUCCCUGCCUUCUAUGCCAGAAGAGGCCACGGGAUGGGAAUAUUAUACAUGGAAGGUCUGGUCACCUAGUGGCUUGCUUCAGAUGUGCGAAAAUGCUGAAGAAAGGGAGAUUGCCAUGUCCAGUGUGCAAGAAACCGAUCCAGAUGGUGAUCAGAAUCUUCAUGGGGUAGCUGUGCCCCUGCAAGGUGCUUCAGGGACUUAAAUGGUCGCUAGUCAGGGGACAGCUGCUGCAAGGUUUACGUUAGUGUCUAUGGUGCUGCAGAGGAGCUCAAUUGUACAACUCAGCUAAAGAACAGGGGUCCCAAACUGACACAGGAAGUUGAGGAAUCCCCUUAAUGAAAUGCAAACAAUGUCACACACAUGGUCUUGUUUUCAUAACUGAUCCUUGCAGAAGCCAGAUGGUUAAUAAAUAAAUAUUUAACUCUGGUUGGUUGUAUGCUCUGCAGUAAGCUAAAUUCUGUGCAGUGCCUGAAAAUAGAAAGCACAGGGUGGGAGGAGAGUGUGUCUGUGUGUACACACAUGUACGCUGGAUUCUCCAAGGCUCAGUUCUCAGAAGAGUAAUGGUGAAUGGGGGCUACAGGGCUUCUGACUCUCUUCAGUAUUUUGUAAGAUCGGGUUGAGAGACUCCCCAAAAUCCAUAAUGAAAAACAAACCUCCCCAAAUUUUAAUCAAUAUGUAAACCACCCUGUAUGAUUUAGCAAUCAUGCAAGAGCAAGGUGUCAUGUCUUGCUCUCUUAAUGAAUCCUUUUUAAUUAAAAUACAGUGUUGGGGACCAGUUCCUCGGCUGCUGCCAGUCGGCAUAGCUCAGUCAACUCAAUGCUAAUUGACACGAGCUGUGGAUCUGGCCCUUAGGUUAGGUGUGCACUCACAGCAGUUGUGCGUGUAUAUACGAGCAUUCUAAUGCUCAUAAUUAGCCCCUCACACCUACAGCUGUUUUAACUGCAUCUCUACCUUUUUUAAGCUGGCUGAUCAUUUGAGAAACGUCUCUAUUUAAU